AUGGCAAGAGACUCGUGUACAUUGUUUGGUGUAGAGGGAUCGUGGCCCAGCUUGUUCCAGCCCUCGGUAGAUAAUUGUGGGCUCUGCGAAUCACCAUUGGGACGUCCCAUAAAUCACCCUGGCCAACAGAGUAACAGCGCGUACCUUGUAACAGAACUGAAUCCAUUUAAAAAGGUGGAUGUGAAAGUAAGGGUGUGUCAAAGCAGGCAAUGUAUGGCCAUUCAUCAGCCCUUCCCUGCUGACAUUGGUAAGGUUAUUGAACUAUUUAGUAGAAUUAUUUAUUUGUGACAGAUAUGCCUGAUAGUCAUUUUGCAUUUAUUAGGAUUGAUUCUUCUAUGUGUUCGACAUGUGUUCACUGUACCCAGGCUGUGCACAGAGUCUCCUUCGAUCUUCCUUAGAUAGGUCGGAAAGAGUGCAGACAUCCUCGACGAUACAUUUUAGCAUGCUCCAAAUUCAAAUUUUUCUGUGACUUCAAUCAAACCGCUAUCGGAGCAUCCACUUUGUUAGGAGGCAAUAUAAACGAGCAGAAGCUGCAAUUGAAAAUUUUGGAUUUGGACUUACAGGUCUAUAGGAUCAAUUUCUCUUUGGGAAUCUUAACUUGCCAUGUCUCAGUAAAAAGGAGACCAAAAAAGUUAUAGCUAAGGUAAAACUUUUGUGCUUUUCAAAAUCAAGCAACGAAACUUGAACUCGGAAACACACAAAACAGAUCGAAAUCCACCAAUCACAAAUCACAAAGCACUAUUUUUAUGUUUCUUAAGAGGUUCGCUGAGAUGUAAAGGGGAGAAAGUGAAGAAAGCGUUGAUUUUUCAGAUUUUGAUGGAUGUCGCACAAAAGUGAAUUGUGGAUCCGUUCACACGGGUAAGAUCGACUGACCUCAUGGCCCAAAACAAAAUCCAUCUCAAAUUGGGGUGCAGUUUCCAAUAAUUUUCUAAAACUGAACGUUCAAUAAUUCCUGCAUGAAAUUGAAGCUGCAGUUUGGUUAUGGAGAAUUAAGAAAAUAGGCGUGCAUGCACAGAUAAAAAAAGGUUUAUUCCGUACGAAAAUUGUCUUACUCAUCCAAGCGCGGGAUGAUCUGCAAAUCAAACAAAUUUGAAGAUGUUGACGGAGUCGCUUACCAUUUCCUGACUUAUCUAGGAAAGAUCAAAGUGACUCUGCUAGCAGGGUAAUUUCACUGGUGUCAACACAGCAUAACAUGAAGGAGUAUUUUUUAGCAGUUUUGCAUGAUCACCUAAAUCGGCGAGACCUUGUCAGUGUGGUUGCCAUCUUAAAUUAGCCGAAAGUCUCGGCUUUAUGCUGUGUCCCCUGACCCCUUGGUCCUGGUUCUCUAAACACUUUAAUGGUUCAUGCAAAUAUGGCUUUUACUUUUUAAUAGAGACUAAACAUUGGAUUUCUCUCUUGUUAUUAUUAUCAGUGUAACCACACCUUCAAAGGGAAAUAGGACUAAAAGAACUCUCCAGCUGUUUGAUUGUCCUCAAACUAAAGGUCGUUUAUUUACCCUGCAACUGAAAUGCUUAAAGGGCUCUUGAUUACUUACCUUGACACAACUUUAUUAUCUUGACAGGUUUGUUUAACAUAUGUGACAAGGUUCUGGUGUCUCUUGAUAUCAUGCUUGAAUUUCGAGAGUACUUUCGAAGAGGACAUCCCCUUGCCAAUGUGAUCAUGUCCAAAAUGUCAGUCCUUCGACUAAAGUGCAGGGAGGUUUGUCUGAGCAUUUGAUGAAUUUGAUCAUUGUGUGUUAGUGGAUGCUCAAAUGGUAACUAUUGUAUUGUAUCACCAGUGAAGAUGUCUUUUGGGUCAGAUUCUAUGAUUGACAGAUUAAUUGCCCAUUCCACCUGCACCCUAAUUGUGGUGUAAUUGACAUUUGUUUUUCCUGUUAUUCAGAAUGUAUAAGAUUGAUUUUUUAUUGUUGAAUAUGUGCAAUACAGAUAUCAGAUUCAAUAUUACUGAAUUUUAAAAUUCUUAUCCAAUUAUAUUUUUUGGUUCCCUCUCCAGUAAAGUGGAGUGUUUUUUUAUUAUUAUUUUCUAGGAGAACUCUCCAACAGACAGUCAGCUUACCUAUAUCAAGGAUCUUCUCUAUAAUGGAUUUUAUUGUUUUGAAAUGA